GGAGUUCAUGUGACUUAGCACCGCUUAGGGGCGGGGUUAUAACGUAAUAUCUGACGGGCUACAGUAGGGUACAGCCAAUAAAGUAUCGGCGGUAAGUGAGUGCCUCUGCUACUGGCUGUGUUCCCGUUUCGCCCCGCUGUGGACGGGAAGGAGACCAGCUCCUACGGACGUCAAAUGACAUUUGUAACGGCGGCGCCACCACGGAGGACGGGGCCGACUCAUUUCACAUUCAUAUGCGGCUGAUGUCUGCACCCAGAGAGGAGACAACAGUCCUCAGGAGGCACAUCACACCUUCCCCUCCUUCAUCUCUCGCUUUGUGAAGGGGCAUGCCUUCUGAACCCGGCCUCAGUAAGGAGAUGCUGACAGGACAGAGGCUCUGCUACUCAAAGUCCCACCAGGACUCGGUUCUCUCUGCCCUCAACCAGCAGAGGAAGGAUGGUCAGCUGUGUGAUGUCACCCUGGUCGCCGGCGAGCAGAAGUUCCACGCUCACAAGGCCGUCCUGGCAGCCUGCAGUGACUACUUCAGGGCCAUGUUCAGCUUGUGUAUGGUGGAGAGCGAGGCAGAUGAAGUAACCCUGCAAGGCGUCACCAGUGUUGGACUGAAGCAUGCUUUAGAUUUCGCCUACACUGGACAGAUUCUGUUGGAGCCGGCUGUUAUCCAGGACGUCCUGUCUGCGGGCAGUCACCUUCAGCUGCUGGAGCUCCUCAGCCUCUGCUCAAACUACCUCAUCCAGGAGCUGAGCGGCGUGAACUACCUGGAGCUGUACCGCGUGGCCGACCUCUUCCAUCUACCCGCCCUGGAGGAGGCCGUGGUGGGCUUCCUGGUGGAGCAUCUGUCUGAGCUGAGGCAGAACCGACAAGACGAGGCCCUGCAGCUGCCCUACCGCCUCCUCAGGGAGGUGCUGAAAAGUGACCGCCUCACCUCCCUGAGCGAGGAGGAGAUAUGGAAGUUGCUCGUUCUCUGGCUGGAACACGACUACCGCUACCAGUACGCCGAGGAUCUCCUGCAGCACGUCCGCUACGGCCUGAUGGACGUCCCCACCCUGCACCACCUCGCCAACAGCCACCCCCUGGUUCAGUCCUGCCCCACCGCUGCCGCCCUGGUGGACGAAGCCCUGGACUACCACCACGCCACCUUCGCUCAGCCCCUCCGCCAGUCAUCCAGCACCAGGCCUCGUUUCCAGUCGCUCACCCUUUACAUAGCGGGGGGCAGGAAGCGGGAGGUGAGCAGAGUCAGGGAGCUGCGCUACUUCAACCCAUCGGCGCAGGAGCACGUGCGGGUGGGAGGGGGGUCCAACUGGAGCGAGCUGGCGCCCAUGCCCACCGGGCGCAGCCAUCACUGCAUCGCCGUGAUGGGCGACUUCCUGUUCGUGGUGGGCGGCGAGGUGGAGCACGCCACGGGCAGGACGUGUGCCGUGAGAACCGCGUGUAGGUACGACCCCAGGGGCAACCGGUGGAUUGAGAUCGCCCCGAUGAAGGCGUGCAGGGAACACUUUGUCCUGGGAGCUCUGGGUCAGUACCUGUAUGCUGUGGGCGGCAGGAACGAGCUGAGGCAGGUGCUACCCUCGGUGGAACGCUACUGUCCAAAGAGGAACAAAUGGAUGUUCGUCCAGCCCUUCGACCGCUCACUGUCCUGCCAUGCCGGGUGUGUGGCUGAUGAUCUGCUCUGGGUCUCAGGCGGAGUUACAAACACGGCACAGUACCAGAAUCGGCUCAUGGUGUACGACCCGGAGCAAGAUCAGUGGCUGGCCCGCAGUCCCAUGCUGCAGCGGCGCGUGUACCACGUCAUGGCGGCCGUGAGGAGGCAGCUCUACGUGCUCGGCGGCAACGACCUGGAUUACAACAACGACCGCAUCCUGGUGCGUCACAUCGACUCCUACAGCAUGGACCUGGACCAGUGGACCCGCUGCUCCUUCAGCCUCCUCACAGGUCAAAACGAGUCUGGAGUGGCCGUCCAUGAUGACAGGAUUUAUGUGGUAGGAGGGUACUCCAUUUGGACCAACGAGCCUUUGGCAUGCAUCCAGGUGCUGGACCUGAGCAUGGAGGGGAAGGAGGAGGUUUUCUACGGACCGACACUGCCUUUCGCCUCAAAUGGGAUUGCAACCUGUUUCCUCCCAGCUCCUUAUUUCACCUGCCCCAACCUCCAGACGCUACAAGUGCCCCAUCACAGGAUAGGUGCUGUGUAGCUCACUGACUUGGGAAACGUCUGAGAACCAGCCGAUGGAUCAAUCGGCGCUUGCAAACCAGAAUGAGGAAAAACAGCCAGUAAAGAGAACAGGCUGCUCUAGCGUGGGUGUAAGACGGGAAGCCGCGCCGCUUCUUAAAGCUGUUCCUCCUGCAUUAAGACCGGGACAUCAUUCAGACUCAGUGGAAGGUCCGUCACCUCUGUUGAGAUGGACGGGGUAAAUAUAGUUGAGCGGUCCGACUAGCCACAGGAAACGGAAAGUUGCUGGAACCAAUAAUAGGGCUGUAAGUUUGUUUCCUACCCAGCGAAAAAAAACACUAAAAAAAGUCAACAAUGUCCAUCGAUUCCCGUUGCAAGUUUCCUAGGCGGACCCAGAUGAACAUGUUGCAGAGGCAACGCUUGAAUUUUUUUUUUAAUCCCCUAAAUGAUGUGAAUUUGACAACAGAUUCAACAUACAGAAUGUAGCUGCGUUUCCAUUAAAAGUGUGCGCAAAACUUUUGUUGAA